AUGGAUGGAGAUUUAAUGAAUCCGUCUCAACAUAUUGAAAGGGUAAUUCAUUCACAAACAAAAGAGGAAUCUCAAAAAAAUUGCUUGGGUCUAAGGGCUUCAGUUAUAGCUGUCCGAUUGCUAGCACUUCAAGGUUGUGCCUUUAGAAGUCACGAUGAAUCUUCAUCUUCAUUGAACUGUGGGAAUUUUAUUCAAAUGCUUAAGGUUUUUGCACAAUUGAGUAUGGAAGUUGAUAAAGUUGUAUUAGAUAAUGCUCCGAAAAAUGCUCAGUACAUUGCUCCAAAUAUUCAGAAGGAUAUUUUGCAUAUUAUGGCUAACAGAGUAAGACAGAUGAUUCGUGAGGAUGUUGGAGAUGAACGCUUUUGUAUUCUUGUGAAUGAAGCAAAAUAUGAAUCUAACCGAGAGCAAUUGACCAUUAUUUUGAGUGAUGUAACUACAGUUGAGUGCCAUUAUCAUUUUGAUAUUUUCAAUGAAGCAAUAUAUUUUGUAUUGAUGGAGUUAAGUACACGAUUUAAUGAUAAAUCAGUAGAACUCCUUUAUCUCAGUGUGGCUUUGGAUCCCAGAAAUUCAUUUGAAUCAUUCAAUAGUGAUGAUAUUUGUACGCUUGCAAAGAAGUUCUAUCCUGAAGAUUUUAACAGUCAAGAUAUUUGUGCUUUAGAGUAUGAGUUGAAGUAUUAUGUUCAUGAUGUGAUUGCUGACCAAAGGUUUCAAGUAUCUCACACUUGUUGA